UAGAACAGUUUGAGUCAGACAUUAUUGGAAAUAGAACAUUUCGAGACUUCUUUAUUUAUCGGUAUAUUGUGAUAAAAUAUACCUGAAAAAAUAUUAAUGAGAUUAUAACUAAGGACAGAAUUAAAAAGUAAAAUGUUAUAACUAAUUUUGAUGGUGCGAAAUAAGAAUUGCUUAACAAAUGAAGUGAGCAAACUAUUAAGCUGAGUGAACAUCAGAUGAUUAAGCUUAAGUUUUUACUGAAGGAGUUAGGAUUUAGGAUAAAGAUAUAAGGUAAAAAAAGAGAUAAAGGAUGUUAAAGAAGCUACCAUUACGACCGCGCACAGCCCCGACACGUGUGACAAGGCUAGGAGAUGAUCACAUGGCAGAGGGAAACGUACCUUUUUAUGUGGUAUGGGUUCGAUGCAUGCCCAAUACAGAAAAGAUCCCCAUUCACUAUCGCAGCAGCACAAAACGCACCCAGCAACAGAUCGUCCCCGUGUCAGCGGCAAAUGUGCACGAUCUCUCGCACGUGCCCGUGGAGCUCAUCACGGGCGAUGACGAGGAUGGGCGCACAUCACGGGGCUCACUUUUCUCCCCCAAACAGACUAAACCACCCACGUUUUUGCCAGGGGACCGGGUUAUAUUUGCGGAAAGCCCAUCGGCACCAGGGAUCCCUGUGGUCUACAGAACACCCGAAGAACGGUCUUCCAAUCCCGACAGACUCAACCUGGACAGGCGGAAGUUGACGGUGUGCCCUAUUCUAGAAGGGGAAGAACAACUCCGCCUUCUCAAUUACCAGCACAAUGGCAUACAGAAGAUCCAGCAUCUUGCAGCACUGAAAAGACUCAUCUUCCUAGACCUCUAUGAUAACCAGAUAGAGGAAAUAUCCGGCCUCAGUUCGCUGCGGUCACUGAGGGUUCUCAUGCUGGGCAAAAACAGGCUACAGAGGAUAGAGAACCUGGAAUCUCUAGUCAAGCUGGAUGUCCUUGAUCUUCAUGGCAAUCAGAUUGCAUGUAUCGAGAACCUUAACCACUUGACGGAGUUGCGAGUGUUAAAUCUGGCAGGAAAUGCCAUCUCAUAUGUGAACGGACUGAAAGGCAUGGACGCUCUCGCAGAGUUAAACUUGCGACGGAACAAAAUACGAACCGUAGAGGAAGUGGAUACUCUACCUAGUCUUCAACGACUCUUCCUGAGCUAUAACGAUAUUUCAAGUUUUGAGGACAUACAAUGCCUUGGGGACUCAACAAGCCUAUCAGAGAUCUCGCUAGACGGGAACCCUUUAACCCAGGAGCAGUACUACAAGCAGAUCGUCCUCCGACACAUGCAGCAGCUCAAACAGUUGGACAUGAAACGUGUCACAGAAGAGGAGCGCAGAAUCGCCCUUGUGAUGGCGCGCAAGGAGGAAGAGAAACGCAAGGAAAUGAACAAGCUCUCCGUUAUGAAGGGAAGUUUUGCGAUUGGAACACAUCUUACGUACACAAAUGAUUGGGAGAAACGCCGUCUUGCCAUCAACAAUGCUAAGCGACAAUGGGAAGUCAUGCAGGGGUCGUUAAUACAGAAAACAUCCAAAAUGACGCGUCAGACACCGGAUCUAUACGCGAACCACAUUGGCUCGAUUCCGAACUCAGAAGUCGUCUCGCCAGACCAAGACGGGGAGUCGUCUAGCCGAGACGAGUCUGAGUCUGUAACCAGGUUGGAUAAUAUUCACCUAUUAAUGUCAAGCAAGCAGAGCAGUCGGGCAAACAGUAGACCAGGGAGUGCUCACAGUCUUUCCCUAGAUGGAGGCGACACAAGAGAGAGGCCCCGCACUGCAAGUAUGAUGCCCACUAGAAGACCACCACCCGCCGAGUCCAAGCCUGGUGGGCUCUAUAAGGAGACAAUGAUGUUUGGAAAUGAUGACAAGGGCACCAACCUUAACAACCUUGCUGACCUUGAAGGGGACACGUUGACCCUUUAUGGGGCCCAAUCCCUUGAGGCGCUGGACCGGAACUGGGGGAUCCAGGCAGCAGGGGCUGUUCUCACUAUUGUCUUUAACUUUAUCGAUUUUGAAUUCAUCGGGAAACAUCUCCAUAAAAUACGGACAAGAUUUCCAGCCACACAGACUAUAGUCUUUAGUUCAACAAACAUACACAGUUUCCAGCAGAUAAAUGCGCUGACAAGCCUGCGGCGUUUAGACAACCUCACAAUAAACCUUGAGGGCAAUAACAUCACUCGAUACACUCUGUGGCGGUCAUACAUUCUCUUCCGGCUCGCACAUUUUGCUCUUAAGAAAAUUAAUAAUGUUGAGGUUACUGCGUCGGAUGUUUUGGCUGCGGAGAAGUUGUUUGGUGCCAUAUCUCACAUGACAACAUCGCAGCUUCCACAGUCACGUCUCCUGUCCCUACUAGGGGAGACAAGACGGAAACAGCUGCUGACGAUGAGUGAGGAAAAGUCACGGAAAGUUCUUGAUGGGUCAUUGAAGUUGGACAAAACACAAGGAGAUUUUGUGGGAAGGGCAGGGCUUACAUACCAGGUGGACCCUUCCAAAUCACAGGACGCCCAGGGUAAAAAGACUUUCGCGAGGAGUUAUGUGAACGAAAUGACUAAAGAGGCUAUAUUUACAGACAGGAAACGAAAUGAGCUGAUCAAAAUAUGGCCUCAGAUAUUUUAUGAAAUGGUGUAUUCAUCCAUCUCAGAUAUGAGUGAUAGUCAGACGUAUAUGAAAAAGUGUUUAGAAGACUUGGAAAAGACUUAGCAGUGAAUGGUGCAUAUAUGUUAUUGUUAAUCAUGAUACUAUCUGCUUCCGAGCUGACGACUGGUCAUGCCGAGAUUGAGUUAUGGAAAGCGGGAAAAGUUGCAAGGCAAACCGAGACAGCGUACAAGAAUGGGAAACGCCACCUGGGAGGAAAAUACCAGAACUAGUACAACAAAAUGACAAACCAUGAGAACACCAACAUACAUUUAUUGUAUCUAUAAACCAGAAUAUCCAGGCUAAGUUCUAGUCGCUUUUUACUCAAUAUAGAAAUGGAAGGCAUUACAAGUCUUGCAAUAAGAUUGCGAUCAUAUUGAAAUAGGUGAAAUAUGAAUACUUCAUGGAGAUUUUCUCAGUAAGUAAGUUCAAGAAAUCUCAAGAGACUUCUUUUCGACAUUUAAAUUUUUACUUAUUUUGUACUAAUAUAGUUUUCAAAUUGCAUUUAACAAUGUGCAUACUUUUUUAAUGUUUUUUAAAUGCCAGGGCCUUUUAACCUUUCUUUGCCAUAGCUAAUAUCCUGCUUAUUCUCCAAGGGCAGGUCCUACUUUUUUCCCCAAAAAAUAUCCUCCGAAAUUCCCUAAUUUCAUAUUUGCUUUUUACUAUCUCACGAUUCAUUAAAUGAUUUUUCUGAGUGAUAUAAUUUUAUUUACUGCUUUAUUGAUAUUUUGCUCCAUUUGUUCCCAAAAUGAUUGAAAAACAACACUCACUCCCCCCUCCCCCCCCCCCCCCCAAAAAAAAAAAGGGCUAGGGUGUCUUCCCCAUAACAGUUAAAAAGGCCCAGAUGGCUAACACAUUUUUUACCGAAUAAUUGAGGAAUUUGACUUUGUAUCAUUGCAUGUACAUCCUCUUAUGUUUCCCAUAAAAGUUUCCUUACUGCCAUAUUAUGGAAAUUUCUGCUUGUUGACCUGUUAUGAUUUAAAACGUAACAGAAGUAUUUGCUUGUUGACCUGUUGUUGUUUAUAAAAUGACAACAGUUUCUGCUUGUUGACCUGUUAUGGUUUAUAAAAUGACAGAAGUUUCUGCUUGUUGACCUGUUAUGGUUUAUAAAAUGACAGAAGUUUCUGCUUGUUGACCUGUUAUGGUUUAUAAAAUGACAGCAGUUUCUGCUUGUUGACUGGUUAUGCUUUAUAACAUUCCAGAGGAAGAAAUUUAUUUGCACUCAUUUGUAAAUUGUGUCUGGUCUUGGCCUGAGAUUUGGGUGUUCUUGAAGACCAGAAACAUCAAUUCAAUGAAGAUGUUAAAUUGUUUUAACAACAAUGUUCAGUUUUGAAAGAACACAUCAUACGCAUGCAGUGUUAAAGGAGUGGAGUUUUGCACAUUUUUCUGUAUAUAUGCGCAAAGUGCUGUGAUAUCUAGUGCCUGUGUUCUUCAAUUGUACUUUAUGUAUAAUAAUAUUUUUUUCAAUAUUAAAGCUGCUGUCUCACAUAUUGAUUGUUUUGACAACUUUAUUAUUUUAUUUUUUGUCUUUGAAUAAGCCAUGUUUUGAGUAGAUGUCUAGAAACCAGUGAUACAAGACUGCUGACCAAAGAUCAGUAGCAAUUUUCCAUAUUUAUUUUUGAAAACUGAUGUUUUAUAGCUAUAAAUGUGAGUAAUGCUUCAAGAAAUUUAAAUUUUUGGAAGUUUUCCAAACAAUUGAGACCUGUUCCAUUGUGAGUCAUCAUAAUUUAUGACUCAAUUGAUACCAAAAUCAGCUGAUUCUCAGAGACAAAAAAAGAAAAGAAAAAAGAAAUGUUAAAACUGUCAAUCCGUUAGAGUGGAGCUUUAAAUUUGAAUCUUUGAGACUUAGUUUACUUUCUUGACAAAUCAAUUAAUUGAAAUUAAUUACAGUUUUGUAAUGUUAUUGAGAUAAUAGAUACAGUUUCGGAAUAUAAAACAUCAUAAUAAUGAUUUAAUUGUUAUAAGGUUGUUUUUUUAAUUUAUGGGUAUCAAAUAUUAUAACAGAAGCCCAUCAUCAACAUUUAAUCAUUUAUUAUAACAUUGUUUCAGCCAUCUUGGCAUUCAUCAGGACUGGUAAUAAAAAUAUUGUUAUGUAGAAAAUAACACGAACAUGAAAUGACAUCAGCAUCACAUGAAUUCAUGUGAUAGCAUUAAUAUAUAGCAUAGAUUUUUGCACAAGUAUUGCUAUAGAGGAUCUAUAAAAAUACACCAAUACAUCUGAUAUUCACUUUAAAGCUGCACUCUCACAGAUAUACCAUUUUUACAACUUUUUUUUUAUUUUUGUUCUGGAAAGAGCAAAUUUUUGCAUAAAUAUCUGCAAACCAAUGAUAUAAGAUUGCUGUCAAAAAGUCAGAUCAUAGAUUUUCAUAUUUCCGUUCGAAGAUUUAUGUUUUAUGGCUUAAACCGUUACUAACUGUUUAAGAAAAAUGCACAAAACAUCAAUUUUUGAACUUAAAUAUAAAAAUCUGCAAUCUAAUUUUUAUCAGCAGUCUUAUAUAACUGGUUUCCAUGGAUUUUCGCUAAAAUUGGCUCAUUCCAAGACAAAAAAAAUAAUAAGUUGUCAAAACGUUCAAUCUGUCAGAGUGCAGCUUUAAGGUAAGCAAAUCCAUAAUAAAGAUGUUUUAAUGCAUUUUAGAAAUAAAAUCAAGAUUAUUUCUGUGUUAAAAUUACAUUACUAAGAUCAAACACUUUGACAGAACAUAAUUAUUUAAAAUAAUUCUUCUAAAAAUACAUUAUUGUAAUAUUUUGCAAUUCAAAUCAAUUGGACUGGUUGUACCAAAAAUAUUCAUUUGUUUUUACUCCUUUAAUGAUAUAGUUCAACUUUUUUUUUCUGAUUAUGCAAUAUCUUACUCAUGCACUGGCAGCAAAAGUUUAAGCCUGUACAGCAUGACCAUUAGUUUGAGAUCAAUUUAAGAUACAAUCACCCUUCUCUUGAACUGGUCGAGGUAAAAGAAUUUAACUUGAUUGGUACCCUCAUGCCAAACUUAGGCUCUAAAAGAUGAAUCAUGUUAAUAAAACUGUUGAUUGGAACCAAAUAUUAAAAUAAAUAAUGUCUAAUGCAUAAAUAUGUGAUAUUAGGAACAAUUUCGGGCUCAUACUAAUGGAUUGGCAUGAUUUAUUACCUAAAGCUUUCAAUGAUUAUGUUGUACUAAUGAUAGAUAUCAGACCUGUUUUAGGAAAGCACCGACAUUGUCGAAAUCUAUUGCCACGCUUUCUGUGCAUAUUCUAUCAAAAUUAUGGAAACUUAAUAUCAUUUAAUGUCUAACAGCUUUUAUACCAGUGUAUAUUCUGAUUGAUCUCUUAUACAUGAAAUUCAAUAUUUGCAGUAAGGUUAUAGUUAUUUAAAGCAGUAGAAAAUACCUUUAAUUGCAUAUGUUUUUUUGCUAUUGAUUGAAUCGUUAAUUUUUUUUAUUUCACCAUAUGGCUUUAAAAUAGAAACACAUUUGAUAUUGUAAAUAGUUUAAAAUAUACAAGUAUGAUGCAGUAUUUUUUCACCAUAAUUAUGAUAAUAAGUCUUGACGCGCAGGCAUUUCAAUGCACACAAGAAAUCCAACUCUCAUAUUUUUGCUGGUUUUUAUCAAUUCUGAAAGAAAUGUUUAAUUAAAUUGGUGUUGAAUGAACACUAAUUUAAAUAUCUUCUAUAUCAAUUUUUAAUGGAUUUAGAGUAAAUUAAGAAUUGUGCAUUAAUUGCAUUAAUGUGUUGUUAUUAUGAUAGAUGUAAUAAUGUAGACUGUUUAUAGAAUAUUGAUAACGCAGUAUAAUCAUGGAGUUGCUAUCAAAAACUUGAUAAUUAUAAAUGAUUAUAACAUUUCUUCAAUCGAAGAUAAUUAUAAAUGAUUAUAACAUUUCUUUAAUCCAAUCUUUAGAAAAUGAGAACAAAAAGUUGAAAAUAUAUUUGCAAGUAUUUGAUGAUGUCAUAGUUGACGAUGUCAUAAUUGUGUUAUAAUACUCUGUCCUAAGCACAUUUAUGUACCAAUGUUACAAUCUGUUUGAUAUGUUACCCAACCAGCAUUCCUAUAUCAGAAAGAUAUCAGACCGAUAUAUUUCAAAUAUUUCUAUCUGAUAUUUCAAAAUAUAUCCAUCCAAUGUUGGACCUCUAUGCUUUCUGAUUUGUUUAAAAAACACUAAAAAAGUAUUUAAUGUAUAUUAAAAGUGUUUAAGUUAUUCAAAUAUAUAAUUUAUAAAAUAGCUACAGUGUUCUCAUACACAUUACGAGAUAAUUAUGUUAAUAUCGGAACAUCCUCAGACCAUCAUUGGGCCAAUCUGCCAACAUUCUGAUCAGAUGCCAACAUCAAUCAGAUAUUGGAUUACUGGCUGGGUAGUACCUUCUUUUCUAAUGCUAGUCUGAUAAAUAUUAUACUUGUUAUGGAUACCCUUUUUGUUGCCAUACAUUCUUAGUCAGUUUUAUGUAUAGGUUGAGUGUUUGUUAACAAGAAUUUAUUAAAUAAAAUGUGUCUGGGCCUGUUGAACCCCGGGCCACCAUUUUGAUUUAAUAUUCAAAAACAGUAAGUGACUAAAUGUUUUGUCUACUGACUCGGCCUCUAUUUGAACAAGCUGAUCUGCCUGAAAGCCAUAGCGGCUGGCUGCUCAUUUACCAAAAUAAAUAAGCUGCGAAAUUGGAAAACACUGCCACAACAUUUGGUAAUUAUAACUUUGAGCACUAAAUUUAAAUAGUUAGUCUCUUGUUUACAAAAUAAAUGCAAUUAUUUAAGGACUGAAUUAUUAGUAUGAUGUUUAUGUGAAAAGCCUGCUUUUUCCAAUGUUAAGUUUUUUCUAUUGCUCAUCAUUUUCUUUUAGUUUUAUUGGAUAAGAACAAUGAAUUGUUUUUAAAACCAAUAAAUGAAAUUAUUACAUGAUCUAUGCAUAAACUUUUUAUGAUUGCAAUCAUUUAUACACACAAAAAAACAACAACACAAUAAUGAGCCUUAAAUAAAUACAAACUGGGAUUUUCAGGACUCGGAAGUCAAUAUUGAAAUAUAUUGGUCUAUCUAUUUUUAAUAGAAAUACACAAUGACCCUUUAACCAAACCACGUUCAAGACUUGUUAAUCCACAGGAACAUAGAACAAAGUUUUUUUUUGGUGCAUAAUUCAUUAUUUUUGCAAAAUUCCAUUAUUGCAGUUCUAAUUUCUGAUGACAGCUGAAAAAGUCAGUGACAAGCUUAAAACUUCCUUAAAAUUCUGUGUUCCCAAACAAAUGCCAGCAUUCACGGUAUCAUGUCAUAAACAGUUACUUACUUAUUAGCUAUGAAAUAUGCUGUGAAAUAUGGACUGUAAUCUUGACAAUUGAACUGGGCUGAGGCCUGUCACUAUACCUUUUUUGGUCCAUAUGACAGCAUAUUUCACAGAUUAUAAGUAAAUAUUUGUAUGAAAGUCGCUUGUUGAAGUUAAAUAUAAAACAUGUGUUGUUCUCAGUCACACUGUUUAUACAUAUUGUGUCACAUGCUCAGUAUUAUAAGUCUUAAUCAGUGUAAACUUAGCCUGUUGUGUUUUGUACUUAGAUUUAUGAUAGGCAGAGAACUUCUAUCUGAUGAAUUCAGAUUCGUGAUGUCUUUCCAAUACACAAUAGUUUUAUCUUGUAUUAUAUUUAUGUUAUUUAUUUAUUUUCUAUGAUGGAAUAAAUUGAAAAAAACAUGAA